CGCAGGACAAAACGUCACUGAGCGGUCUGGGCCACAAGUUAGGCUCCUUAAACAAAAUAAUUAGAAAAAGAAAGAAAGAAAGAAAGGAAAACGGCUUUUGGAGAAACUCUCCUCGCUUGGAGUACAAUGAAGAAUGGUCUCUCCAGAUCUCAAAAGGCUAAAAGCCCAAUGACUCGUGAAGAGAAUGUUACGGAUUCUCAAAUAAACAUGAAUAAAAACAAAGUUACACCUAGGCUGUGGACCAUUCAUCGAGAUGGAGAAGUCCUUCUGAGGCUGUCAAAGCAUGGGCCAGGCCAUGAGACCCCAUUAACCAUCCCUGAAUUUUUUCGGGAGUCGGUCAGCCGAUUUGGGAUGUAUCCAGCCCUUGCAACCAAGAACAGUGAGCACUGGGAAGUUCUGAAUUUUAACCAGUACUACGAAGCUUGUCGGAAGGCAGCGAGAGCCUUGAUCAAGCUGGGCCUGCAGCGUUUCCACGGAGUUGGCAUCCUGGGGUUUAACUCCGUUGAGUGGUUAAUUGCUUCUCUUGGUGCCAUCCUAGCAGGGGGUCUCUGUGUUGGUAUUUAUGCCACCAACUCUGCGGACGCUUGUCAAUACGUCAUUACUAAUGCCAAGGUGAACGUCCUGCUGGUUGAGAAUGACCUACAGCUACAGAAAAUCCUUUCGAUUCCGCAGAGCAGGAUGGAGACCCUAAAAGCGAUCAUCCAGUACAAGCUGCCAGUGAAGGAGAGCAAUAAUAACCUGUACUCCUGGAAUGAUUUCAUGGAACUUGGCAAUAGCAUCCCCGAUUCCCAGCUGGACCAGAUCAUAGAGAGCCAGAGGGCCAAUCAGUGCGCUGUGAUCAUCUAUACUUCUGGGACCUUAGGCAAUCCCAAGGGAGUGAUGCUUAGCCAUGACAACAUCACCUGGACGGCCGGGGCAGUGGCCAAGAACUGCGGCCUGUCUAAUGCCGCAGAAAAGCAGGAGGUGGUGGUCAGCUACCUUCCUCUCAGCCACGUUGCAGCUCAGAUGAUGGAUGUCUGGAUACCCAUGAAGAUCGGGGCUUUCAUCUACUUUGCUCAGCCAGAUGCUCUCACGGGCACCCUGAUCAACACUCUGCUGGAAGUAAAGCCUACGGCCUUCCUGGGGGUGCCCCGAAUUUGGGAGAAGAUGCAGGAGAAGAUAAAAGAAAGUGGUGCCAAAUGCUCAAGCUUGAGGAAGAAGGUGUUUUCAUGGGGAAGAAUUAUUGGCUUAAAGGUCAAUACAAAAAGGAUGUUUGGGGUCCACGACACUACCAUGAGCUACCGCGUGGCAAAGGCCCUCGUGUUCAGCAAAGUCAGGAACGCCCUUGGCCUUGAUCAAUGCCAAAUUUCUAUCAGCGGGGCUGCACCCCUCAACCCAGAGACCUCUGAGUUCUUCCUAAGCCUGGACAUACCUAUAGGCGAGAUGUACGGGAUGAGCGAAAGCACAGGACCCCACACCACAUCCAGCCGCAAUAACUACAAGAUUCACAGCUGUGGCAAAAUCAUGUCUGGGUGUAAGAACAUGCUGUACCAGCAGAGCAAGGAUGGCACAGGGGAGAUCUGCAUCUGGGGUCGGCACGUCUUCAUGGGCUAUCUGGAGAUGGAAGAUGCGACCAUGGAGGCCAUUGAUGAGGAAGGCUGGCUACACACCGGGGACUUGGGCCGUGUAGACAGUCAUGGUUUCCUCUACAUCACCGGCCGCAUCAAAGAAAUCCUCAUCACGGCUGGCGGUGAGAACGUGGCCCCUGUUCCCAUUGAGAACAUGGUUAAAGAGAAGAUCCCCAUAAUCAGUAAUGCCGUCUUAGUGGGAGAUAAGGCAAAGUUUCUGAGCAUCCUGCUGACGCUGAAGUGUGAGGUCGAUAGGAGGAAUGGAGAGCCACUGGACAAGCUAAGCUUGGAGGCCAUUCAGUUCUGCCGGAAACUGGGGAGCCAUGUGUCCACCGUCUCUGAGAUUUUGGAGCUGCAGGACCCCCUGGUCUACAAGGCCAUCCAGCAAGGCAUAGAUGCUGUGAAUCAGGAAGCCAUUUCUAAUGCACAGAGGAUCCAGAAGUGGGUCAUCCUGGAGAAGGACUUUUCUGUCCACAAUGGAGAGCUGGGUCCGACGACCAAGAUUAGGAGACAUUUUGUAACCCAGAAAUACAGAAAGCAAAUUGAAAACUUUUACCGCUGA